AUGCAUCUACCCCAAUCGGCAUUCUCUCAGCAUCAACUCGAUCUCUUUCUGUGGCUCCUAGAAGCAAACAAAGUCGAUGAUCUGCUGUCCGUCGCGUCCAUGAAAAAGUUGAACGAGGCCCUUCAAAAGUUAUGUGGAAUAGAGAGCCUACAGUAUGAGGGUGCACUUGGACACAAAUAUUAUCUUAACAGUCUCUCGCAAAUGAUCGCGCAGGAAAUGGCCAAUCCCGAGGUGCGACGGCUUCUUGAGUUCUAUCCCGAGGAUGCUGGUGAGCAUCUCUCAGAGGCUCGCCAGGCUUCACGCUGGCUGAACGAGGCACCCGAUGAUCAGCUCACGCCCAUGUUCUGCACUCGGAAGGGUGACAAUUAUUAUAUCCAUGAACCAGCCAUGCUUCAUGAUGGAACUCACCACAGUGCUUGGCAUGUGGUCAAGGUUACUGGAUAUGAAGUUUGCGAAGACGACCUUCUCAAAAAUUUCCCUGAGCUUUGCAUUGAUGCUGAGAGAGUCUACGAUUUACCUUGUCUGUCAGCUAUUAGGCCCGAAAUUUUAACUGUUUGGACUCUCACUGACCCGGUCAAAGGGAACAGAUGGCAUGAACGAGCGGAGGGUUGUCGGGUACUGACCUUUCCCAUUUGGCUGUACUGCGAUGAUACGUCGGGCAAUGUAUCAAAGAAAUGGAACAAGCAUAAUAGUUUCCUUUUUACGCCAGCGGGCCUGCCUCGGUCGGAAUCUCAGAAGGACUACAACGUGCAUUUUCUGUGUACAUCCAACAUUGCACUGCCUCUGGAGAUGCUGGAUGGCAUUGUCGAACAACUCGAAGACGGACAGGAGCAUGGCAUAUGGGCAUGGGACUGUCACCUCAAUGAGCCUGUCCUCAUUAUACCAAUGGUCCUCGCCAUGCUAGGAGACAACCCAAUGCAAAGCGAGUUCGCCUGUCAUAUUGGUCUUCGGGGAAAGUUUUUCUGUCGUAUUUGCGGCGUUAAGGGCAAAGAUGCAAAUGAGAGUCGGCCAUCUGGGUACACUGCGAAUAUCCCGGAUGAUGUAUUGCAUGAUGGGGAUGUGGACAGUGGCUCGGAUGAUGAGCACGUAGCUGACAACAAUGGGUUUGUGCGGUUCUCAUUCCGUGGCUGUAAACACCCUCCAACUGAUGGCCCACUGCAGGUCAACACCCUGCGAACCAAGGCCGAAAGCAUGGAGAAGCUCAAAACACAGUUUGCGGAGGCCAAAAUCCUUGGGAAUGGCAACAAGAUCAAAACAAUGCGAACCGACUCCGGCCUGAAGGAUACGUUUGCCUCCUUCUUCAUGGACAAACUCAUUAAUUCUUACAAACGAAAACGAGGCAACCAGAGGCAAGAGGCCCUUGACAAGGCUAUCGAGGAGAUGCGUGAGGAGAUGUUGAGUCCUGUCUGGCGGAUCAAGGGCUUGGAUCCACAUUCUGAUACUCCAGUUGAAAUCCUUCAUGUGGUUCUGCUUGGUUUCGUCAAGUAUAUGUGGCGGGAUGUGGUUCAUAACCAACUCCACAAAAAUGAGGAAAAAAAGCAUCAGCUCAUGGUUCGCUUGGCCUCCGUCAAUGUGGAAGGAAUGGGUUUGCCGCCUCUAGCUGGUCACACUCUGGUGACUUAUUGUGGCUCUCUCACGGGUCGCGACUUUCGUGCGAUCGCCCAGAUUGCACCAUUCAUAUUGAAUGACUUUGUUGAGGAUGACUGUUACCAGACAUGGCUUGCUCUUUCAAAGCUUGUACCCUUGAUCUGGCAACCAGAAAUUGAGAAUCUCGAAGCAUAUAUUGACUUAUUACAAAAAGAAAUCGACUAUUUUCUUCUUUGUGUGGCUCGAUGGACUUGCCACUGGUUCAACAAACCAAAAUUCCAUAUUCUAGUUCAUCUGCCUGCACAUAUACGCCGCUUUGGGCCAGCCAUGCUUUUUGCUACUGAGGCAUUCGAUGUUCACUCCAAUCGACACGCCCCUUCACGUGAUAUUGCACGCGCCUUUGCACAGUGCAAUCGUGUUCGACAUCUGUUCAGUCGUGGAACGUACACAAGUGAUGGCCAACCUGCACGUCCGUUUGCUGAGACCAAGACUGGCUCGCAUGCACCUUCCCUGUUCGGCAGUGCAAACAGAACUGCACUCAACCCGUUCUGUAAAACAGGGAAGGAUGUCUAUUUGCUGAGUCAUGACCAUUGCAGACUGGGUGGUCAUGUUGUGGUUUGA